AUGGCUACCCCUAGUGUCCUAGCUUUUGACGCUGAGGGUCGCGCCAUUGAUUUUGAGGUCUGGUUAGACGACCUGCAGCUGUUCUUACAGUGCGACAGGGCUGACGACCUUUCUCUCUUUGACCUCACCUCUGGCGCCUCUCCUGCUCCUGCUGCUGAUGCUGAUCCCGCUGUCCGCUCUAAGUGGGCCACCCGCGAUGCUGCUGCACGUCUUGCUGUGCGUCGCCACCUCCCUACCUCUGAGCGUGCCCACUUUAGUCAGUACAAGAGUGCUCAGACCUUGUACGACGCUGUAGUUGCGCGCUACUCCUCCCCUGCCACUGCUGCACUGAGCCGUCUCAUGCUUCCCUACCUCUUUCCUGACCUCUCUGCCUUUCCCACUGUCGCUGACCUCAUUACGCACCUCCGCACUAGUGACACUCGCUACCGCGCCGCCCUUCCUGCUGAGUUCUGCGCUAAGAACCCCCCCCCCAUGUACAUCGCUCUCUACUACGUAGUCGCACGCCUCCCUGACUCCCUUCGCGUCGUCAGGGACCACUUUCUCGCAGUCUGUCCCACCACCCUCACCGUCGACCUCCUCGAGAAGGCCCUCCUCGCAGCGGAGAAGAGCAUAGUCGCUGUAGGUGCUUCUCGUGGUGACCCUCGCACCCCCAUCUUUGAGGGGUGCUCUCCUUCCCCCUUGCUGCCCUCUGUUGCCUCUGCUGCUGCUGCCGACCUGCUUGGUCUUGAGUCGGUCGGCGCGGCGUCUGCCCCUAGUGGGAGACGUCGCUCCAGCAAGGGCAAGGGGGGCAAGGGCGCGGGUGGAGCUGGAGGGGGCGGUGGCGGUGGCGGCGGUGGCGGCGGAGGGAGUGGGGGUGGCGGCGGGACUAGUGGUGGAGGUGGUGGUGGUGGUGGCAGCAGUGGCGGAGACGGUGGUGGUGGUGCCAGCGGUGGUGGUGGAGGCAGCUGCGGUGGUGGAGGCGGCGGAGGUGGAGGCGGUGGAGGCGGCAGCGGAGGAGGCGGUGGUGGUGGAGGAGGUGGAGCUGGUCGAGGUGGUACCCAGCAGCGUAGCGGCGGUGGUGGUGGCCAGCGCUCGCAGCGGCAGCAGCAGCAGCGCUCGCGGGACAUCCCUCCGCCUCAGCAGCUUCGUGAGUGGUACGCUGGGCGUCAGAGGGGUGGGGGUACUGGUCCCUGCACCUACGUUCUUCGUUCCGGCGACCGCGCGGGUGAGCAGUGUGGGGGUGCCCACGCCACCCAGCGCUGCUUUGGCCGCCUGACGGACGCUUGGCGUCAGCAGUUCCCUGGGGCCAGUGAGAUCCCUCGCUGGGAUGAGCUUCUCAGGGCUGGUGUAGCGAUCUUUGAUCUUGAUUUUGAUGCUAUCCUUGCUGCUAUGUAUGUUGUGGAUUAUAGUGAGGAGAAUGAGGGUUACCGUUGUUUCCAGCCCGACCCGGGCAUUGGUACUGCUGCGCUAGGUGCUUGUGAGGCUGCUGCUCUAGGUGCCAGUGCGUCUGUGCUCUCAGGUACUGGUGAGACUGCGCUCUCAGGUACUGCGUCGUCCUCGUCCUCCCUCACUUUCACACUUGACUCCGGAGCUUCUCGCUCCUUCUUUCGAGACCGCACUACCCUUACGCCGCUCGGCCGGCCAGUUGCGGUCUCCCUUGCUGACCCCUCUGGGGGUCCUGUCCUGUCUCACUUCUCCACUGUCCUCCCGUGUCCGGCUGCCCCUUCGGGCACCCUGUCGGGUCUGUACCUUCCCUCGUUCUCUACGAACUUGGUGAGUGGAGCGGACCUGCAGGAUGUGGGGGUUCACCAGUUCACUCCUGCGAGUCAGCGGGUGACCCACUGCACGGAGGCACGCACAGGCCGACACCUGGCCACGUUCUCGCGUCGGCCGGGGUCGAGUCUCUACACCCUGACCGUUGAGUCUCCUCCUGUCCCUGCGUCUGGUCAGGUGGCUGCGUCGGGUCAGGUGCUUGCUGCUGCGUCCCGGUCAGGUCCUGAGUCUGCCCCCUGUUCUUGUCGCCUCCUGUCUCACGAGACUCUCCUGUGGCACCACCGUCUUGGCCACCCCUCCUUGCCCCGUCUUCGGAGCAUGGCUUCCCGUGUCCUUGUCUCUGGUCUUCCCCAGUCUCUCCCUCCUCUCCCCUCCGGGCCAGGACCUUCCUGUGUCCCCUGUGUCAAGGGUCGCCUCCGGGCUACUCCUCACUCCUCCCACUUCCCCCCGACAGAGGCUCCCCUGCAGACGCUUCACAUGGAUGUGUGGGGCCCAGCCCCCGUCCGUGGGCAGGGUUACGAGCGCUACUUCCUGUUGGUGGUUGACGACUACUCGCGUUACACCACAGUCCUCCCCUUGCGCAGCAAGGGUGCGGUCACUGAGGUGCUGAUCGACUGGAUCCGCGAGGCUCGUCUCCAGCUCAGGAAGAGCUUCGGCUCGGACUUUCCUGUUCUGCGUCUGCACUCUGACAGAGGCGGAGAGUUCUCUUCUCGCCUUCUGCGGGACUACUGUCGUGCACGGGGGAUCCGCCAGACCUUCACGCUUCCGGACUCACCACAGCAAAAUGGGAUUGCUGAGCGCCGCAUUGGUAUGGUCAUGGAUGUAGCUCGUACGUCCAUGAUGCAUGCGGCUGCCCCCCAUUUUCUGUGGCCGUACGCGGCGCAUCAGCUCAACCUUCACCCCCGGGUCUCUCGGCCUGCGAUGUCCCCAGCCUUGCUGUGGACGGGGAAGGUUGGCGAUGCGUCUGUGUUCCGUGUCUGGGGAUCUCGGGCGUUUGUCCGCGACUUGUCUGCGGACAAGCUGUCCCCUCGUGCUGCUCCCUGUGUCUUCCUUGGCUUCCCCACUGACGCCCCAGGGUGGCAGUUUUACCACCCCUCCUCUCGUCGUGUUCUGUCCUCCCAGGACGUCACGUUCGACGAGUCAGUCCCCUUCUACCGUCUCUUCCCCUACCGCACUCCUUCCCUCCCCCCUCCCCCGGACUUCCUUGUGCCGGUUCCCCCCCCGGUAGACCCCCUCCCCCCUCAGGUUCCUGCCCCCUCAGGUGUGUCCCAGGUAGACGCCGUUGACCCGGUCGAGGUUACUGGUGACUCUGGUGCUGCUGCGGGUGCUGAGCCUGGAGGUGCUGACUCUGGGGGUGCUGUGCGCGGGGGUGCUGAGCCUGGGGGUGCUACUGCUGGGGGUGCUGGGCCUGAGGGUGCUACUGCGGAGGGUGCGGAGCCUGGGGGUGCUGAGCCGGGGGGUGCUGUGCCUGGAGGUGCUGGGUCUGGGGGUGCUGGGUCGGGAGCUGCUGAGCCUGGGGGUGCUGAGCUGGGAGCUGCUGAGCCUGGGGGUGCUGCGUCUGGAGCUGCUGAGCCUGGGGUUUCUCCUGCUGCUGCGUCUCGCCGGGAGCCCCUCUCUCCACAGGAGCUGCGCGAGUGGUUCGCUCGCCGCUGGAGGCGUGCUGCUGAGUCUGGAGGUGCUGCUGGAGCUGGAGCUGGAGCUUCUUCGACCGUCGAGGGUGCGGGUGCUGCCGGUCCCGGAGCUGCUGGACCUGCGGGUCCUCCUGGUGCUGGAGCUGCUGAGGGCGCUGGUGCUGAGCCUACUGCUGUUGGUCCUGCCGCUGGAGGUGUGGGUGGCGCUGGUGCUGUCACUGAGGGUGCUGGUGCUGUCCCCUGCUGCGUCUGGAGCUGCCGCGCGGCCUCGGCCUCGCAGUCCCUGCUGGAGCCUUCCUCUCCACUGCCUGCUCCCUCUCCUUACACUGGUCCUACUGGAGGUCUUGCUGAGCGUCGUGAGCCUGCGUCUCGUCCCGCGUCGCCUGUUCGCACUGCUCGCGCUAGUGGUCGCAGUUCGCGUCAGCGUCCUCCUCCUGUCCCUGGCACGCACCGGAUGUCUUUGCGUCCGUCCACUGCUCCUCUGCGUGCCCCUUUGCCUUCUCCUCCUGAGUCCUCUCUUCCUGCGCUUGCCGACCCUGAGUCGGACUCUCUUCGUGCUGCCAGUCCUACUGUCACGCGUCUGCUUGCUACUGUCGUCACUGACCCCUCUUUUGAGUCCACUGCUGCGUCUGCUCUUGUCGCUGAGCUCGUCGACUUUGCUGCUCGCUGUCGUCUCGACUACGCUGCUAGUCUUGUUGCUGAGUCUGCGUCUGUCUGUCCUCCGUCCGUCGGGGGUGAGUGUGCUCUUGGCACGGACGUCCUAGAGGACAGGCAGGAGGAGUUACAGUGUCUAGUGGCUGCUUCACCUCAUCUCGCGUCUGUACUGCUUGCCCCUGAGGGAGACCCGGAUGCACUAGACAUCCCGACUCCGCGUUCUUACGCGGAGGCCGUAGAGGGUCCCUACUCCUCUCAGUGGCAGGCAGCUAUGGAUGCAGAGAUGGCUUCCUGGAAGUCCACAGGCACCUACGUUGACGCGGUUCCCCCUCCUGGGGCGAACAUCGUCAGUGGCAUGUGGAUCUUCAGGGUGAAGCGGCCGCCGGGCUCUCCACCUGUCUUCAAGGCACGGUACGUUGCUCGUGGCUUCAGUCAGCGGCAGGAAGUUGACUACUUUCAGACCUUCUCUCCCACCCCGAAGAUGACUACUCUUCGGGUGCUGCUGCACAUAGCCGCUCAGCGCGACUACGAGCUUCACUCUCUCGACUUCAGCACUGCGUUCUUGCAGGGUAGCCUGCACGAGGAGAUCUGGCUUCGCCGUCCACCUGGCUUCACUGGGACUUUCCCUCCUGGCACCCAGUGGAGCCUCCGACGGCCAGUCUACGGUCUCCGCCAGGCACCGCGUGAGUGGCACGACACACUGAGGACUACGCUUGCGGCUCUUGGGUUUGCUCCUUCUACUGCUGACCCGUCGCUGUUUCUUCGCACCGACACUUCCCUGCCGCCGUUCUACAUCCUCGUGUACGUCGACGACUUGGUCUUUGCCACAGCAGACACUGCUGGACUCGCCUACGUGAAGUCCGAGCUGCUGAAGAGACACACGUGCACAGACCUGGGUGAACUGCGCAGCUACCUUGGCUUGCAGAUCACUCGGGACAGAGCACGCCGCACCAUUACCUUGACUCAGUCACACAUGGUGCAGCAGGUCCUUCAGCGCUUCGGCUUCACGUACUCCUCGCCUCAGGCCACUCCUCUGCCUACUCGCCACUCACCCUCAGCUCUGCCUUCGGAUGAGUCCGUAGAGUCGAGUGGUCCGUAUGCAGAGCUUGUUGGCUGCCUCAUGUACCUGAUGACCUGCACACGACCUGACCUUGCAUACCCUCUGAGCAUUCUUGCUCGCUAUGUUGCUCCUGGGAGACACAGACCGGAGCACAUGGCUGCAGCGAAGAGGGUAUUGCGCUACCUGUGCAGCACGUCGGGCAUGGGGCUAGUGCUUGGAGGGCGGAGUCCAGUGGUCCUUACCGGCCACGCGGACGCUUCUUGGGCUGACGACCAGGCUACGCAGCGGUCGUCACAGGGUUACACCUUCAGCCUUGGUUCCGGCUCUGUCUCGUGGCGGUCUACUCGCUCGUCUUCGGUUCUCGGCUCCAGUUGUGAGGCUGAGAUCUACGCCGGGGCCAUGGCUGCACAGGAGCUUCGCUGUCUCACCUACCUGCUGACUGACCUUGGAGAGCCGCCUCGUUCUCCUCCAGUGCUGUACGUAGACAACAAGGCCAUGCUGGCCUUGUGUCGAGAGCAGCGCUUGGAGCACAGAACGAAGCACAUUGCUCUCCGCUACUUCCUUGCUCGUGAGCUGCAGCAGCGUGGUCAGUUGCGACUUGCGUACGUGGCCUCUGAGGCCAACACUGCUGAUGUGUUCACCAAGGCACUCGCGCCUUGUGACCAUCAGCGCUUUUGCACCCAGCUGGGUUUUGUGCCUGUCUUGCCUCACUUGCUCUCCUCUUGA